CCGUUGUUAGCCUUAGCUUCGUCAAACCGCUGCUCGUGGAUACUGAUGAGUGGAGGUUUCAAAAGACGGUUCUUUUGUGGUAUCUCAUCAUUAUUUGAUCACUUAAAGUGAAGAUGAAUUCAGUCCAGAAUCUGAGAGAGUUGAUCAACGAGCGACUAACUGCUGCUGCUGAAGAAAUAUUCACGGAGUUUGAGAAAACCAUCGUCCAGUACGAGGAGGAGAUCGAUCGUCAGCGCAGACUGCUGGAUAACAUCUGGAAACCAGAGAUAAAGUUCCAUACAACAGAUCUUCUACAACAAAAUGUCCAGGAGGAGAAUGUUUUUAUUGAGCAGAAUUUCUGCAACCAGGAGAGGAACUCCAAUGUGGACCAGGAGGACCCAGAGCCUCCAGAGAUGAAAGAGGAGCAGGAGGAACUGUGCACCAGUCAGGAGGGAGAGCAGCUUGUACUGAUGGAAGAGGCUGAUACACUGGUUCAGUGCAACUCCAACUGUGAAGAAAUAUCCAGAGAAAUAUUGAGAAUUUCUGAUAAACCACUCGGCCAGUUGGAUGAAGACAUCGAUGAUCAGCGCAGGCUGAAGGAUAUGAUCUGGAAACCACGAAUAAAGUUACACAGAAUUGAUCACCAACAUCAAGAUGUCUGUAAGGGGGGGAAUGGUCUCCCAAAUCAGCAUCUCUGUAACCAGGAAAACAAGUUACAUCUGGACCAGAAAGAUGCAGAACCUCCACGGAUAAUAGAGGACCAGGAGGAACUCAGCCUGAGUCAUCAGAGAAAGCAGAUUGUACUGAAUCAAGCGACUGAUACUUUACUAUCGAUUUCAACUGAUAUGGACAGUGACCUCAGUGAACUGAAACCAAACAGCGACCACCUCCUCUCUUAUAAUUCACCAGUGUCCAAGAGCCCACAUCAGGACGGAAGCAAGCUUGAAGACUCAUGUUCAACUAGAAAUACAACACCAAAACCAAAGAGUCAUAGCAGUUGCAAUGUAGCCAAGUCUUCAAUGUCAGAACAUCACUGUGAUGUUGAUACAAGUGAAAAAUCUUUAAAAUGUGAUGUUUUUGAAAACAUUUUUAAGAAUACGUACCAAAUCAAGAAACAUCACCAAAUCCACAAAGGUGUAAAACCAAAUGCUUGCAAUCCAUGCAGAAGAAGUUUUAGUUCAUGGUCUCAGCGGAAAGUCCAUAUGAAAAUUCACACCGAUGAGAAACGGUAUUCUUGUGAAACAUGUGGGAAACAUUUCAGUCGAAGUAAUCAUCUGACUGUCCACAUGAGAACUCACACAAGUGAGAGGCCAUAUUCUUGUGAAAGAUGUGGGAAAACUUUCCAUAAACGUUCUAAGCUGACUACCCACAUGAGAGCUCACACAGGUGAGAGGCCAUAUUCUUGUGAAAGAUGUGGGAAACAUUUCACUCAACGUGGCCAGCUGACUGUCCACAUGAGAACUCACACAGGUGAGAAGCCAUAUUCUUGUGAAACAUGUGGGAAACAUUUCACUGAAUGUGGGAAGCUGACUGUCCAUAUGAGAACUCACACAGGUGAGAGGCUGCAUUUUUGUGAAACAUGUGGGAAACGUUUCAGUCGUAAUAGUCAUCUGACUGUCCAUAUGAGAGUUCACACAGGUGAGAAGCCAUAUUCUUGUGAAACAUGUGGGAAAAAUUUCACUCAACGUGGGCAGCUGACUGUCCAUAUGAGAACUCACACAGGUGAGAAGCCGUAUUGUUGUGAAACAUGUGGGAAACGUUACACUCGUAAUAGUCAUCUGAUUAGUCACAAGAACUCACACAGGUGAAACGCUGUAGUCCUGGAACAACGGUGGGACCAGAUCUCCGUAGAACACGCAUUCAUUCACAACGUUCAGGGUAAAAGUAGGUCUUGUAGAUUCUGUGAGUUUAUUGCAUUUCGGACUGUGACACAUGGAUCUAUCACAAUCUGCCAACCUGUCCAUUGGAUGCAUGGCAACUUUUCCAGAAGCUCAUUAUAUUUAAGUACAAAAGAAAGACAACUGGAGACAUCAUACUUCUGAGGAACAGCCUAAUAGUUUACUGUGUGUUCCAGAUAAUUAUGCAAAUGUGGUUUUUCGUUACUGUGAAGAGGCUUUUUGCUGAAUUUUACUGAAUCUGCUUUUUUUUUUUUUACUAUUGCAAAGGCCUAUUGUGAGCAUUAUUUGGUAGUUUUGGAAUAUUUUUAUUAUUUAGAGGUGUAAUAAUCCAAUUUUCUAAUGCUCACAAUAGGCCUUUGCAAUAGUAAAAAAGCAGAUUUAGUAAAAUUAAGCAAAUAGCCUCUUCACAAUAAUGAAAAAUCACAUUUGCUUAAUUAUGUGGAACCACUCGUAAACUAACCGUGACGUCACCCGUUGGUUUCAACGCCGAGAAAAUGAAGCCCGGAUUUUGCUACUUCCUGGUCGCCGUUUUGGAUUUUUUGGAGCCAGUGACGUAAAAAGCGUCAUCAAACAGACUGGACCGGAGAGCAACUGGGGGCAGGAUUGGCUGGGGACUCUCUUAUCCCGCCCACAUUUUACCGCAGAGGCUUCUGUUGCUGUCUAUCAAGUGUAGCCACGCCCCCUGGCUCCGCCAACUUUAACGAUUUAUUUAAAACUCAGUAUUGAUUUAUUUUAAGAUCGGCCACCUGAUCUCUCAUUUUGACCAUGAACACUAACGGGAAAAAAAUCCUGAGCUGUAGAAAAUCAGUCUAUCAAAUUUUAUUUUUUCCAAAAAUGAAUUGGGGUCUAUGGAGAAAAAUCUUUUUGGAGCCAACCCUAGCGGACGGCGGGAUAUUGCAAGUUUUUGACACUUCCGGGUGGGCUUCAAUUCUGGAGCCAGAUGCUACGCCCAUUAUAUAUACAGUCUAUGUGUGGAACACACAGUAUUACAUGUUGGCUAUCAGUUUCUGAUAGAGCUGAGUGGAAAGAGAUGAUGUUGCUCUCAAUUAAUGUACUGAAAAUGAGUUUACUCAUCAACAUAGUUUAUUUAAUUAUUUUCCUAAUUCUCAUGUUAAGUUCAUGUGUGUAUGUGAAUUGGUUGCAAUCCAGUUCAACUUAUGUCUACAUUUCUGUGGUUUCCAAUGCAGCUAAAUGUGGAACUAACAGACCUGACUGGUUUCAUAUCUGGUAAAGCUUCAGCUUUCUGUAAGAAAGUUGAAGUAAAACGUUGAACUUGAGACUUCAGUUUGCUUUAGGACAGUUUGUUCAGAUCAGAUGACUUUGAUGUAUGUGUUGAAGUGUUGCUUUGUGAAUGAUGUACGGAGAAGAUAUUUUUCUUUUAUUUUUGUUGGUUGUUCUUGUUUUAAAUUCUUCAUUUUUCUUGGUGUGAAAAAUCAGCAUCAUACACUGUCCUCUUUUUUCCAAGUGUCUUGUAAGUAUUUGAAUUAUUUUAUACUUUUCAAAUAUAAUGUUGAAAAUCUGCAUUAUCUUGUUACUGUUGCAACACAAUUCCUUGUUUUGGUUAAAAAUGUACAUAUUUCCAUUUUAUGUGAGAGUAUACUGGGAGUCUGUAUAUUGUCCCCUGAUGGACAAAAUUUAUACUCUUUUUUUUUUUUACAGAAAUCCCUUUUGUGACUUUCACAUUUUCAAUGAGUUAUUACUUUAAUUUUUAUUAGUUUGAAUCAUUUCUUCUUCUUACUAUUAGUAGUAGUUGUAUUGAUAAUAAUAAUAAGAACUUUACUUAAAUCGGCUGCUAUCAAAAGAGAAUAUUUUAAUUUGAAGGUGGAGGAAGUCAAAACAACAUCCAGCAGAAGUGAAGUCAAACCGUUGUUAGCAUUAGCUGAAACGUGGGAAAAAUUUCACUCAACGUGGGCAGCUGACUGUCCAUAUGAGAACUCACACAGGUGAGAAGCUGUAUUGUUGUGAAACAUGUGGGAAACGUUACACUCGUAAUAGUCAUCUGAUUAGACACAAGAGCUCACACAGGUGAAACGCUGUAGUCCUGGAACAACGGUGGGACCAGAUCUCAGUAGAACACGCAUUCAUUCACAACGUUCAGGGUAAAAGUAGGUCUUGUAGAUUCUGUGAGUUUAUUGCAUUUCGGACUGUGACACAUGGAUCUAUCACAAUCUGCCAACCUGUCCAUUGGAUGCAUGGCAAGUUUUCCUGAAGCAUAUUACAUUUACGAAAGAAAAACAACUGGAGACGUCAUACUUCUGAGGAAAAGCCUAAUAGUUUAUUUCAUGUUGAUUAUCAGUUUCUGAUAGAGCUGAGCGUAAUGGAAAGAGAUGAUCUUGCUCUGAUUUAAUGUAGUGAAAGUGAGUUUACCCAUGAACAUAGUUUUUUAUUUAAUUAUUUUCGUAAUUCUCAUGUUCAGUUCAUGUGUGUAUGUGAAUUGGUUGCAAUCCAGUUCAACUUAUGUCUAUACUUCUGUGGUUGGUCUUUGUUUUUUGUUUUUUCAUUUUAAAUGAAAUUAAAUGAAACCAGUUUCCAAUGCAGCUAAAUGUGCAAGUAACAGACCUGACUGGUUUCAUAUAAGGUAAAGCUUCAUCUUUCUUUAAGACAUUUGAAGUAAAAAGUUCAACUUGAGACUUCAGUUUGCUUCAGGACAGUUUGUUCAGAUCGGAUGACUUUGAUGUAUGUGUUGAAGUGUUGCUUUGUGAAUGAUGUACUGACAAGGUUUUUUUGUGUAAUUGUCAAACUGUAUGUAUUAUACUUCUUCAGGACCUCCACAGAAACAGAUUAUUUAAGUCACUUGGUUCAUUUUUUGUUGAUACCUUAAUUCCGAUUGGCUGAUAAAAUGUUGAUAAUACAUGACUCUGUGUGAUGAGUUUUAACCCCAAAAUGAAAUUAUCUCCUUUGUGUUCUGAAUUCUGUUGUCACUGACAAAUUUUGCUUUCUGUUUUUAAAUAAAACCAUAAACUGUU